CACUCCGCAGAUUUGGGCAGCGUCUGCGUCUCCGGUGCUCUCCGGUGCGGCAGUGGCCAUGGACUCCGCGAUCUCCUCGUCCUCGCCUGUGAGGCCGUCUCAGAGUCAGGGGAGUGCGGGCGGUAGUAGCCCCAGGGCUCAGGUUCUCCCGGUGGGCCGCCAGCAAUCGGCCGCCACCCGCCUCCGCGCCAUCUCGCCCUCGCCGUCCCCGCCCCCGCCCCCGCCGGUGGAGACGUUCGGGUUCGAUGCCCUCAAGGAGACCUUCUCCGUCGACGUGGUGGCGGCCGAGGCGCGCCCGCUGAACGUCCCGCUGGCCGCGCCCUUCACCAUCGCGUCCUCCCGGCUGGAGGCCGUGUCCAACGUCGCCGUCCGGGUGGAGCUGCGGAGCGGCGCGGUCGGGUGGGGGGAGGCGCCCGUGCUGCCCUCGGUCACGGCCGAGGACCAGCCCGGCGCGCUCGCCGCGGCCACCCGCGCCUGCGCCGCGCUGGCGGGCGCGCCCGCCGCUCCUCUCGGCGCCGUGCUCCAGGACGUCGCCAGUGCCCUCCCGGGACACGCCUUCGCCUCGGCUAGAGCAGGAGUGGAGAUGGCUUUGAUUGAUGCAAUUGCUAACAGUAUCCGCAUCCCUUUGUGGAGAUUAUUUGGAGGGGCAUCAGACAAUGUGACCACAGAUAUCACGAUUCCGAUUGUGACACCCAAUGAAGCUGCUCAGUUAGCUGCAAAAUAUCGAGGACAGGGAUUUCAGACUCUAAAGCUCAAAGUCGGGAAAAACUUGAACUCCGAUAUAGAAGUUUUGAAGGCUAUACGGCUUGUGCAUCCAGAUUGUUCAUUUAUCUUGGAUGCAAAUGAAGGAUAUACGGCUAUUCAAGCAAUUGAAGUUCUUGAUAGACUAAACGAAAUGGGGGUGACUCCUGUACUGUUUGAGCAACCAGUUCAUCGAGAUGACUGGGAAGGCCUCCAUGAUGUUAGCACUGUUGCCAUGGAGAAAUACAGAGUUGCUGUUGCAGCUGAUGAAAGCUGUCGUAGUUUGCUUGAUGCUCAGAAAAUAAUACAUGGAAAUCUUGCUCAUGUUAUUAACAUCAAGCUAGCAAAGCUAGGGAUUCUUGGAGCCCUUGAGAUUAUUGAUGCUGCAAGAAAGGCCCGCAUUGCACUGAUGAUAGGUGGUAUGGUUGAAACUAGGAUCGCUAUGGGCUUUGCUGGUCAUCUUGCUGCUGGGCUUGGUUGUUUCAGUUUUGUUGACCUGGACACACCUCUUUUACUGUCUGAAGAUCCAGUUUUCGGUGGCUAUGAAGCUUUUGGACCGCUGUACAAGUUUACAAAUGCUCGAGGCCAUGGUGGUUUCCUUCACUUGGACAACAAUGGCUUGAAAUGAAUGUUUCGAAGGGGAGCUUCACAUACAACGGAGGUGCGUUCGAUGAACAAUUGUUCAUUCGCCACAUUUCGACAGUAAUCAUGUGGAGUUGGAACUAAAGGAGCAGCUGUAACUGUAAACUUGUAGUCCUGUAAGACACUGAAUUGGCCAGUAACUGUUGUCUUUCCAGUGAGGCCAAAAUAUUUGAUCAGGCUGUAGUCUGUAGGUAGAUAUUCAACAGGCACGUUCAGCUCACCCUGCUGUUUCUGUACCGUAGUAAUUAUUGUACGAUAAAUAAAUAAAUUACUAAAUAAGGUACCAUAUAAAAUGCCCAUGGAACCUCAAA